ACCCUUUCCCAAUCUUCAAUCUGGGGUUUAUCCUACGGUAUUCCUCGCACAAAGGGAGAUGUAUAAGAACAGCCAAUUUGAUGGCAACGCCGCCUUCGCCGGGGGCGGUUUCAUGCCUUCUCAGGCCACCCAAACUGCCGAUCCUUCCUUCUCUCCCGUCAAGAAUCGUGACGCACAGUCUUUACUUCCAUUGACUGUGAAGCAAAUCAGCGAAGCAUUUCAAGCGAGUGAUGACAAAGUGAAUUUUCUAAUAGACGGCGUUGAUGUGAACAAUGUAAAAUUGUUGGGGAUGCUGUAUGACAAAGCUGAAAGGAUUACUGAUGUUUCGUUUGCACUUGAUGAUGGAACUGGGCGCAUUGACUGCCAUAGAUGGGUAAAUGAAGCUGUUGAUACUAAGGAAAUGGAGCUAGUAUUAAAUGGCAUGUAUGUAAGGGUUCAUGGGCACCUGAAGGGCUUUCAGGGCAAGAAACAAUUGAUGGUAUACUCUGUCCGGCCUGUGACAGACUAUAACGAGAUUGCAUAUCACUUUGCUGAAUGUGUAUAUGUCCAUGGCCACAACACCAGGCUUCGGAAGCUGCAGGAUGCAGCCACAGCUCCUACGCACAUACCAAAUUCUGCUGUUAAUACCCCUUCAAAGGGUUUCCAGGCUACUCCAUCCAAUAAUUUUUCUGUACAAUACGACAUGGAUGGGCUCAAGGCAAUAGAUAAAUUGGUUUUGGACUAUCUGCACCAACCACCAAGCCUUGCACGGGAGAAGGGAGUCCAUCGCAAUGAGCUUGUUUCCCCCCCCCCCCCCCCCCCCUCCCUCCCUCUCUCUCUCUCUCUGUACAGAACAUAUUCAUCCUUGAUUUUUGGGUCCCUUGACAGAGAAGCUAUUGAGUCUCUUGAAUCAGAAGGUCUAGUUUACUCAACAAUUGAUGAAUAUCACUACAAGUCCACUGCCAAUGGUUGAAUUCCAAUAAAAGAGUGGAAGUGGUUGAAGAAUAUGCUUAUGCCUUUUUGUUGCUGCCAAUAGCUAUGUAUGUAUGCUACCACAGAUUUAUAUAUGUAUCUGGCAAUCUUCCUUUUCUUUUAGUUUCUGUCGGCUACUUUAUUAGAUGGAAGUGAAUUCAGUAGUGAAUCAAAUUCAUAGCUUUUUAUUAAAGAAGAAGAACUCUGCCAUUUUCGUCCUGUGAUGUCUGUUAUGUUCUAUACUACAUUUCUUCAUUCGAUCAAAAGAUAUAUGGUUUUCAACAUAAA